ACCUCGCCGGAGAGCUCGCGGUGUGACACUGGCGAGCCCUGGCUUCCCGGGCGAACGGCACGGGUGAGGGCAGAUCUGGUUCUGGUUGGAGCAUCUUCGCACUUCCCUCACCACCCCGUGGCUCAGUUUAGCCAAGUUUUCAUUUUCCACCUUCUCCACCUGCAGCUGUCUAAGGCCACCACUCUCUCUGGUCGAGAGAAGCCUUCCCACUUCGGGUCUUACGGGCUCGGACUGCUGGAAACAUCGAGAGGCGGCUCUUUUUUUUUGUGGUCUUUCUAAAAGUCCCGUUUGGGGGAAGGGGAUGUGGCCGGGAAGGAUGAGAAACUCCGGUCUUCUGCUCUGCCUCUGGAGCGCUUACUGUUGCUUUGCCGCGGGAGGUCCCGCAACCCUUGGUCCAGAGGGUCGGCAGCAAGAUGAGCUCAACAAAUCCAGGGUUGUACCAGCUGCUGCCAAACCCCCUGUGAGAUUUAACCUCCGCACCUCUGAGGACCCAGAGCAUGAAGGAUGCUACCUCUCCUUUGACCACAACCAGCCCUUAGAAGACUGUGGCUUCAACAUGACAGCCAAAACCUUUUUCAUCAUUCAUGGAUGGACGAUGAGCGGCAUGUUUGAAAGCUGGCUGUACAAACUCGUGUCAGCCCUGCAGACAAGAGAGAAAGGAGCCAACGUCGUGGUGGUGGACUGGCUUCCGCUGGCUCACCAGCUUUACAUAGACGCAGUCAAUAAUACAAGGGAGGUGGGACACAGCGUCGCCAGGAUGCUCAACUGGCUGCAGGGGAAGGAGGAUUUUUCUCUCGGGGAUGUUCACUUGAUCGGCUACAGCCUUGGAGCUCACGUGGCCGGGUAUGCCGGCAACUUCGUGAAAGGCACGGUGGGCAGAAUCACGGGUUUGGAUCCUGCUGGGCCCAUGUUUGAAGGGGUUGACAUCCACAGGAGGCUGUCCCCUGACGAUGCAGACUUCGUGGAUGUCCUGCACACCUACACGCGCUCCUUUGGCUUGAGCAUCGGGAUUCAGAGGCCUGUGGGUCACAUUGACAUCUACCCCAAUGGAGGUGACUUCCAGCCGGGCUGUGGACUCAACGAUGUCUUGGGGUCAAUUGCAUAUGGAACAAUUGCAGAGGUGGUGAGAUGCGAGCACGAGCGGGCCGUCCACCUCUUCGUCGACUCCCUGGUGAAUCAGGACAAGCCGAGCUUCGCGUUCCAGUGCACGGACUCCAACCGCUUCAAAAAGGGGAUCUGCCUCAGUUGCCGGAAGAACCGUUGUAAUAGCAUUGGCUACAAUGCCAAGAAAAUGAGGAACAAGAGGAACAGCAAAAUGUACCUAAAAACCCGGGCAGGCAUGCCUUUCAGAGUUUACCAUUAUCAGAUGAAAAUCCAUGUCUUCAGCUACAAGAACAUGGGAGAAAUUGAGCCCACCUUUUAUGUCACCAUUUAUGGCACCAAUGCAGACUCCCAGAUUCUGCCUUUGGAAAUAGUGGAGCAGAUCGGGCUGAAUGCCACCAACACCUUUCUGGUCUACACCGAGGAGGACUUGGGAGACCUCCUGAAGAUCAGACUCACCUGGGAGAGGACUUCUCAGUCCUGGUACAACCUGUGGAAAGAGCUUCGCAGCUACCUGUCUCAGCCCCGCAGGUCCGAGCAAGAGCUGAAUAUCAGACGCAUCCGCGUCAAGUCCGGGGAGACCCAGAGGAAAUUGACUUUUUGUGCAGAAGAUCUUGAGAACACCCGCAUAUCCCCUGGCCAAGAGCUCUGGUUUCACAAGUGUCGGGAUGGCUGGAGAAUGAAAAAUGAAACCAGUCCAACCCCGGAGCAUCCUUGAAGAUGCCCGCAAGGCCCCCCACUCCCUGAUUUCCAAGCACAUGGAGGAAUGUUACUGCUGAGGACCCACCUGAUGGAAAGACCCUUCUUGGCCUUGACCCUGGAGCAACGGGAGGAGCCCACUUGCUGGGCCCAGCACCGUGCCUCCCAUGACGGCUGGGACUUUUCUCCAGAGGAGACCACAUCCUGCUGUUCCUGCUGUGCCCGCUGCUGCUCUACGAUAGCUCUAACUCCAGAUCUGUGUGCAAAUGGCCAAUGCCCUGGCCUCUAUGCAUACCAGGCUGGCUUCUCAGGACUGGAUGAGCCUGUGCUUCACCCAACAAGGAACACAGGCUCCGAGUGACUCUGCGUGGAAGGCUGUCAUCUGCCUGACCUGACUUGAGUCAUAGUGAGGGGUCUUGCUGCUGGGAGCUGACUCGUGUCAGGAUGGCAGGCCUGGGACUUUGUUCGCCGGGGGAGGGAGAGUAGAUCUGGGGAGGUGUGGCGGCCCUCGCCCUUGGGGUUCGAUGGGUAACUGGUGACGUGGACUGGUUACAUUUUAUUCAGUCCUGCUCCCCAGCUCCUUCUCCAAUGCACACAUCAUUGGCUUUCUUCUUUUUCCAUUGCUCUUUUUUUUUUUUUAAGAAGA